UUCCUCCGCCUGACGCCGGCCCACGACUCCCGCCCCCGCGCGGCGGGGACCCGGGUGAUUGCAAACAGCCGCCGGCCUCAUUAGGAGACGUGUAAUUAGCGGCUGGCGGAGCCGAGGGCGGGGGCUAAUUACCACCGGGAGAGGCUGCGACGACACGUCGCCGCCGCCGGCCCACCGGGAGGCGUCUGGCCCGCACUUCCCGGCUGGCCCGGAUCAGGGUGCUUCCUCUGGGUGACAGCCGCUCGCCGUUGUUUGUUUAUUAGGCACCCGCCCUCCCGUGCCGGUGCAAUCCCACCUACACCUCCAUCCUAAUAAUUCUUAAUAAUCGGAACUAGAAGGGGAAGCUCUGCUUUGGAGACGCGGUGUGGUCCCUGACAGCACCGGGCCGGAGGACGAAGACCGGGGAUCCGAACCCACGCCUGUGGCUACGUUACAGCAGGUGGGCAGUGAGCAUCGGAGUGGAUCCGAGCAGGGAGUUUGGAGACCAAUGCUUUCAAGGUUAAAUUCUGGGCCUGGGCCCGGACCGCAUCUAUAAAAUGGUCUCAGGGUUAGGAUAAAGGCACUGGUGCUAUUUUUAGAGAGUGGGGAGUGUGGCGAGCUACACAGUGGGCCUCUGGCACCCCCUACCGGCCGCUGGCUGUGGACGAUGAUUGCCUCUUGAUUGCAAUAGUGAAUGGCAGUCUGCGAAGGGACAUCUGUGGUCCCCUAAAGCUGUGGCUAAGAGAAGACUGAAAACUGAUUUCGGAUCUUGUAAAUAGUCAGCUGUGAAAUAUAAGUCUUGCUUUACGUUACCACACCUGGCCAGGCGAGGCCAUGACAGCUGUACACAUAACGGAGGUCCUGAGAACCAACUUCCCAAAGUCGUCCUCUGAUCGCCACCUCCGGCCGUGGCAAAUACGCACCUCCACAUUUCUACAACAAAUAAAUAAAUCUAAUUUUCAAAAAUGACCCUGCUACAAAGCCAGGCACCAAGAAACCCAGGAUAACAAGAAAAUCUGUAGACAAUGUGUAUUAAGGCAAUGCUGACCGACUUAGUGGUGCACUUAAAACAUGCAAUACCGAGCACGUGAGGAAUGUCUGUAGCAGCACCGGCGACAGGAAAAUAGAGUCAAGCAGCGGACUUACAGGUCCCAGAUCGUGCGACACUCUCGGACUUUAAGUGCAGGGCUGACCUUAAACGUUCACUUGGGGGACUCUGAGCGCACAGAACUUGUGUGGAAAAUCCCCAGCGCCGGCCGGAGGCGAACGCAUGCGCUCUUACGCCCGCCGCGGGAGGCGGAGCGUGGAGAUUGACAGGGCACGCUGCCUGUCCGAGCCUAGUGCCGCCUUCCUCCCGCAUCCGGCGCGGACGCCAUGGUGCGGUUCAAGCACAGGUACCUUCUGUGCGAGCUGGUGUCCGAGGACGCGCGCUGCCGUUUGAGCCUGGACGACCGCGUGCUGGGCGGGCUGGUCCGCGACACGAUCGCCCGGGUGCACGGGGCCUUCGGCGCCGCCGCCUGCUCCGUGGGCUUUGCAGUCCGAUACCUCAAUGCCUACACUGGAGUCGUGCUACUGCGAUGCCGGAAGGAUUUCUACCAGCUCGUGUGGUCAGCUCUUCCUUUCAUCACCUAUUUGGAGAACAAAGGCCACCGUUACCCGUGCUUCUUCAACACAUUACACGUGGGAGGUACCAUCAGAACCUGUCAGAAGUUCCUGAUCCAGUACAACAGGAGACAGCUGCUGAUCUUGUUGCAGAAUUGCACUGACGAAGGAGAGCGGGAAGCCAUCAAGAAGUCUGUCUCAAGAAGCUGUCUGCUGGACAGAGAGCCCGUUGAAGAGCUUUCAGACAGUGCUGGUGAGGAGGUUGCAGAAGCAAUGGAGUGACCGUUUCCAGGCCCACUUGUGGGAACAGGACAUUACAGGAGGUGACAGCAGCAUCCCACAGUUCUCCAAUGGAAAUGACUGAUAACCAGCACUCAGGUGACCAGCUUGAAGUGGAGGGCUUGCUGCCUUACCUUGCAUCCAUGGUUGUGAAGGCUCUGUGCAGACAUUUCGGAUGUAACUGCUUAGCUCAGGGGUGGAAUAAACAUUCCUAAACCAUAAAA